AUGAGACGCAGUGCAUUUUGGGAUAAGGCGCACUUUUAUCUAGAAAAUAGUUCCCAGCUUUGCUUAGUUGUGGGCGGGUCGAGUAGGCGUGGUUCAGUGUAGAAUGCUGACUUCGGGGGCGGUAGCUUUCACUCCUGGAGGCGUGUUUGUGGUAGUUCUGGGCAGUUCGUCUACUGUCACGUUUCUCCUCCCCACCGCUAGCAUCUGUAGGACUCGCCUCGGCCGCCACUCAUGGCGCGUUAGUGGCUGCAGUUCAUUCCCUAAAUUCCCGUGCGCCUUCGGGGCCGCUCCCUACACUCCAUUGCCAUGGCACCGCGGAGUUCCUCGGACAAGCGCGGAAUGGACUCUCCUGAUUUGCCCUUGCAGCAGCCUGCGUGCGUCUGUCCGAAACGUUGCGGGAGCUGCCGGUUUUUUCUGGGUUUUUUCGCCCUGUCAUUGUCUUUACACCUGAUGACCAUCUGCUACUAUCUGGAGCUGCGCUCGGAACUCAGGGAGCUGUCUAGGGGUUCGGGGACUAGUGAAGCUCCUGGAGGGACUUUGCAGCAGUGGAGUACUGCUUUGCGACUGGCUGACAUGCAGCGGCACUCCGACCAGCGACAGGUAGCGCUACUAAAUAGCUUGAGAGCUGAUGUGAAAUCAGAUCUGAAAGAAGAAGAAAGCAGGCAUUUACGGAGGACAAAAAGGAACAAAGGCAGCGAACUCUCUGAGAGUCUGGGUCCAGCCAAAAAUAAGAAAAAAGGUAAGAAGAUUGGCCCUCCAGGGCCCAUAGGUCCACUAGGUCCCACAGGGCCACCUGGACCACCAGGGCCUCCAGGAAUCCCAGGUAUCCCUGGAAUACCAGGGACAGCAGUGAUGAGACAGCCAGGGCCUCCUGGACCAUCAGGGCCACAAGGGCCCCCUGGAAUUCAAGGUCCAACAGGUGUUAUUGACAGAGCUGGACCUAGAGAGACCCAACCAGCUGUUGUGCAUCUGCAAGGGCAAGGUUCUGCAAUACAAGUUAAAAAUGAUCUUUCAGGUGGAAUCCUUCAUGACUGGUCUCGCAUUGCCAUGAACCACAGGGUGUUUAAGCUGCAUGCCAGAAGCGGUGAAUUGGAGGUGUUGGUGGAUGGUACCUACCUCAUCUAUAGUCAGGUAGAAGUUUACUAUAUAAAUUUCACAGAUUUAGCAAGUUAUGAGGUGGUAGUGGACGAGAAGCCCUUUCUACAGUGCACACGCAGCAUUGAGCCUGGAAAGACUAACUUCAAUACUUGCUACACUGCCGGGGUCUGCCUCUUGAAGGCCAAACAAAAAAUCUCAGUAAAGAUGGUGCAUGCAGAUAUAUCUAUUAAUAUGAGCAAACAUACAACUUUCUUUGGAGCCAUCCAUUUGGGAGAGGCAUAAGGUUGGCAGGGCAGCCAUGAACCUAUUCAUGACUGCACAAGUUUGCUGCCCAACGAUUGCUUUUCCAUUCUCCAAACACCUGAGGAAUUUGGCCUUUGGUCCUUAUGUCCCGUGAAACAAAAAUGGGAGUGUGUAAGGAAAUCCUGCCCGUGGGAUAAACCUGAUGGAGAAGAAUGUGAUGAUUUCUGUUCUGAUUUUGCUAGACUGUGAUUCCCAAAUCCUUGAAAGAAGCAGCAGCGAAUAUUCUGCCCUGAAAACAGGUCCUUUCUUCUAGUGUUCUUACAGACAUUGUGAUUUUUCUUGCACUAGCUGGCUGGCACAGAACAUUAAAGCCAGUGAACUGUCACCCCCCCCCUUACUGUUCAUGCUUCAUAUAUACACUAAAGAAAGAGCAUUAAUCACUGUAUUCCGCUUUAGUAUUCUGCAGUCCUGAAAGGAAAGGAAGUAUUUGUCUUUGGCCAAGCUAUCGCCAUCACAUAACUGAAUAUUUCUUUUUACUGUGAGUAACUGAAAAACAAAUUGUACAGAAAAUUGUCAAGAAAAGAUUUUUAUUUAAAAAUAAAGUGUAUUGGGUAAGGGUUCGUACUGACAAGCCCUUAAAUCUGUGCUCCCCCUGCGUUCCGUUUGAAAGCGCUUAGCUGCAGGGGAUCACAGGAAGGAACACAUCUUAUUUAUUUAAAGGGGCGCUUACUGACACAGGCACAUGUACAGUAAGCACCAAAUGCAACAUGCUGCAUUAAAAACCUGUGUUCAGUGCUUACAGCACUUCUCCAUAUGAGCCCUUAUGGAGUUGGGCAGAAAACCAGUGUUUAUGGUUUUGGCUGCUACUUGUAAAAUUGAUGUAUUUGGUUUAGAAACACUACUAUUGUUUGUAUAAAUAAGCUGCACCAGGGCAGAGAAAAGAAAGGCUCAGACAGCUACUGCUUUCAAUCCUAAUUACAUUUACAAAACCCUUCAGACCAUGGAAAAUGUGUAAUGCAUUGUAUAUUGAGAAGUCACUUGGAAUGACAUUUUCUUUCAUUAGCCAACAUUCUACUUUUUGGCUGAGGGUGCAUCAGCUCUUUUGCCCCAGAACAUGCAUAUCGAGGAACCUGGAAUGCAGACUGGGAAACAAUCAGUUGAAUGACAUAUUUAUGUUGCCCAGGGCUCUCAUAGCAAUGAAGCAAUACAAUUGCAGGAAUGCAAAUGCUCAUCCAGGGGCCUUGUUGAUGCACAGAUAGGUCUGUUUUAAUGUUAGACCCAUAAAGUGAAUAUUCUUUAUGUACAUAAAAGUGAUUUUUUUCUUA